AUGGAAUACAUACAUAUUUUAAGAAAACUUCUUUUCAGCUAUUUUUCUGUGGUUCUUUUAGGAAUUAUAUAUGAAAUUCCAGUAGAUUUAUCUGUGUAUGAUGAAACUGAACAAUCAGGAGUAAAAUAUUUAAAUAUUUGUUCAAGAAAAUUAUCUGAAACAGAAAAAGAUCACAUCCCAUCAUUAAGAUGUCAUGAAUUAAAGUAUAAAUCGAAAGAUGAAAUAAAUGAAGAAAGUUGUAUUAAUCGUGAGGAUUUUAAAGAGUUUGAUAUUAAGGAUGAAAAUGAAGAAGUUAAAAUGGAUGAAUAUGAAAACGAUGAGGAAGAAACAUAUGAAGAAGAAGAAGAAUAUAUUGAUGAGAAAAAUGAAAAUUAUGAAAAUAAAGAGGAUAUUAGUGAUAGGGAAGAUUUAAGUGAUAUGGAAAAUAAUAAUGAUAAGGAUGAUUUAAGUGAUAUGGAAAAUAAUAAUGAUAAGGAUGAUUUAAGUGAUAUGGAAAAUAAUAAUGAUAAGGAUGAUUUAAGUGAUAUGGAAAAUAAUAAUGAUAAGGAAGAUUUAAGUGAUAAGGAAGAUUUAAGUGAUAAGGAAGAUUUAAGUGAUAAGGAAGAUUUAAGUGAUAGGGAAGAUUUAAGUGAUAAGGAAGAUUUAAGUGAUAAGGAAGAUUUAAGUGAUAAGGAAGAUUUAAGUGAUAAGGAAGAUUUAAGUGAUAGGGAAGAUUUAUGUGAUAAGGAAAAUUUAAGUGAUAAGGAGGAUUUAAGUGAUAUGGAAUAUAGUAAUGAUAAGGAUGAUUUUAGUGAUAUGGAAUAUAGUAAUGAUAAGGAUGAUUUUAGUGAUAAGGAAGAUAUUAAUGAUAGGGAAGAUUUUAGUGAUAAGGAGAAUAGUUAUAAUGAAGAAUAUAAUAAUAAUGGAGAAGAGGAAAAUUUUAAGAGAGAGAAAUAUGAUAAAACAAUUAUUAAUAAUUUAUAUUAUAGUAAAUGGAAUGUGGGUGUAGAAAAUGAUGAGAAUAAAUGGAUAGAUGAAAACCAUGAAUUAAUGGAUAAGUGGAGUUUGAUUAAAAAUUGUACAAAUGGGAAAUGGAUAGAUUGUGAAAAAAUUCAUGAUGAAUAUAGAAAAAAAAAAAAUUACGAUGAUUCAAUGUGGGAAAAUAUUAAACAGGACGACGAAGUUGAUGAAUGGGAUUUAGGACAUGAAAAAGAAAAAGAUAAAUGGGUAUUUGUAGAGGGAUAUGACUAUACUAAUUCAGUUAUAGAAGAAGAAAAUGACGAUGAAUUAAAAAAUAUUGAAUCAGAUGAUGAACAGAAAUGGGAUUUCUCAGAAGAUGAAGAAGACAAAUCUGAUUCUGUAGAAGAGAGAAAUGAUGUCGAACACCAAAAAAAAAUCGAAGAAGAAAAAGAUGAUGAAAACAGUAAUUCUGGUAAAUGGGAUUUUAUAAGGAAUAAAGAAAAUGGAUGGGGUAUUUUGGAAAAUCAAAAAGAAAGAAUGAAUUUUUCAGAGAAAGAUGAAAAUAGAAUUAAUUUAAUUGAAUUAUAUUUUGAUAAUGUUUAUAAUUAUGUAGAUAGAAAAUAUGAAAACGAGGAUUUGAUAUCAAGUGAACCAGAAAAAGUAAAUGUUAUGAAACAAGAGGAGGAAUAUAAUAAAAAUGAUGAUAUAGAUAUGAAUAAAUAUAGUAAAAAAGACAUAGGAAUGUUUUAUUUGUACCAAGAAGAACUGAAAAACGAAGGUGAUAAGGAAGAAUUGAUAAAUAAGAGAGAUAACAAAAGGAAUAAAGAAAAUGAUGAAGACAUUACCAUAGAAAAUGAUGAACAAAUUCUUAACGGAAAUUAUGAAAAAGAAGGAAAAUCAAAGGAACUUAAAGGAGAAAAUGAUUGUAUUAAUGAAUCAUCUGAAAAUAUUAUUAAAAAAAAAACAGAUAAAAAAGAGGAUAUUAAUAAUAAUAAUAAUACUACAGAGAAUAAUGAAAAUAUAGAUUAUAAUAAAUUUAUAAAAGAUUUAAAAGAAGAUAAGGUUGACAAUGUUUUUCAUGGUUUUGGAAGUUAUCCACUAAAGAAAGAUAUCCUUGGUUUAUGGUGGGAAGCACUUAGUAUAAUUAAAUUAGGUUUUGAAAUAAUAACAAGAGAUUUUAAGAGUUAUAUGAAAACUUAUUUAGAUAAAUAUGAAUAUAAUCAUAGAUCAACAUAUGAAUAUCCUUUUAUAUGGAGUUAUAUUCAAUCAACUUGGGGAAGAUGCAUACUUAAUCUUGGAAUGGAAGUAGCUUCUGAACAAAAAGAAUUUUCUAGAAAUUUCUAUCAUUUACUUAAUAAAACAGCCAAUCUUGAGGAUAUUACAAAUUUUAUUUAUUCUGGGAUGAUGUAUUUUGAAAAAUUAAGAAAGCGCUUAUUAUAUAAAUAUAAGCAUACGUUCCGUAGUAAAAUUAAGAAUCUACCAGAUAAUGCUUUAAAUAUAAAAUUUUACCAAGGUAAACUUAUUUAG